GUCAACAGAACUUCCGGGUCGUUUCGUCAGCGUCACAGCGCGUGACUGCUUCUAUUUACAAUUAAAAACCGAAUCAGCUCUGCUGCGACGUCACUUGGACAAACUCUAGGUUUGUUCCGAGUCUCACCAUCUUCUCAAAUGGAGCUGAAAUCGGGAUAGGUCGCUUCUCGGGCCUGAAACUGUGAAAAAGAAGCGACCAUGUGGAGAGUUCAAGGGUUUGUCGGCCGAGUUCUGCAUCGAUGUCAUGCUAAUCCUUCACUGCGGCUGACUCAGAGCCACCAUGUGGAGGACGAGUUCAUCAACUCGUCGUCGGCACUCACCACCUCUCGGCACUCCUCAGACGGCAGCUCUCAGAGAGAAGAGGAUGAAAGGAGGAGAAAGAAGUGGAGAGCAUUUCAGUUUGACCACAGUGAGCUGCCACGAUACACUGCCCUGGAUGCAGUUGGAUGGGGCGCUGCAGCAGUGUUGUUCAUGCAGAUCUGCAGGAGGAUUCAUUCUCAGUUCACUCCGGGAUCUGAACCCAGUCCCGUAUCUGUGACCCAAACACAAUCUAACACAUUACAGAAGUGUGGAUACCGCAUCCUCUUUGAAAUCUUGUCAAGGAAUGUUUUACCCAGAACAAGAAGCUCGUUGUUUCUGCAGAGUCAAGAUCACAGCACUGGUAUUAAUGAUGAGAGCACCGAGAGCAGCAGUGCGGAGCAUCAUCUGUUAACUGACAUCACUGACCACCAGGCAGAGCUCACACCUGAGCCUCUUCUUCCAGAUGAAUCCGAGCUGCUAGCAUCGUUUCCACUGCAGAAUGAUAGUGAGCAAGAGAAUGCAGAGUCAAUAAGUUCUCAACAGAAGGAGUCAACAGAAGAGAAGCUCAAUGCUGCAGCUUUGAACCUCGGGCAUGUGGGAAACACAGGCGUUCCUCUCGUACUGAACAUCAUUGGUCUGGAACAAGCUAAGAGCGGAAACUACGAGGAAGCCUUCCUUUGUUUUUACGCAGCAGCUCAGCAGGGCUACUGUAAAGCUCAGUUUAACACCGCGGUCUGUUACGAAAAAGGCAGAGGGGUUUGCAGUGAUGGAGAGAAGGCUCUGCAGUAUUACAAGAAGGCAGCGGUGGGAGGCCACAGUCAGGCUCAGUACCGCUAUGCAAAGUUGCUCCUCCAGAGCAGAGGGCACCAAAGUUUAGGAGAACUCAACACUGCGAUUGGAUUUCUGGAAAAGGCUUCUUCAGCUGGGCUCACAAAGGCUCAGGUGUGUCUGGCGUCAGUCUACUCCCAGGAGCCAGUGAAAGAUGAGUGCAAGUCUGUCCGCUACCUGCAGAUGGCAGCGCAGAGCCGAGAUAGCGCUGCUCUGCUGUUGUUGGGUCAGUGCUAUGAGAGUGGCUUUGGGGUCCAGCAGAAUCCAAGAACAGCCGUCGAGUUCUACAAACAAGCGGCUCAAGUAGGAAACAAGCAAGCGCAGAUGUUGCUGAACGUGACUGGCACUAAAGAUGCACUGUUGCGCUCCAUUCAUUCUUCUCCUUGCUUCCUGCCAUCUGACAAUGUCUCAUCUGUGGCCGGAUCUGUCGCUCUGUCCGCUGGUCACACUCUCACUGUCCCCUUCCUGCCUCACUCCUGGAGUACUGGAAAUGUGUGUGGGUCCAACAUUCUGACCGCUGUGCCCUUUCACCUGUACCCCAGAGGCACAGAUGGAGGCUGCCAUUGGACUGUCGGGGCUGAAUAGUCUGUCUGAGCAAAUGAAUGUAUUACUGAGAGUUUUCUUUUUUCAAUUUCUCUGUACAGUUGGGCUUGUGAAGUGUCUUAUUUUACAUAAUUCUUUGGAAACACAUAUUUUUUAAAUGUUGUGUUCUGUCUUAGUAUUUUAAUGUGGGCUGGAAGAAGAACCAUGAGUGAGUGAACCAUAGUAUGUGUCAAGUACUUUCCGAAAGGCCUUUAAAAAAAUUGUGCCCAUGCCUGGUGUAACAUGAUCCAGGUGUUACCUGCCUGGGUUAAUGGAGCGGUAUUCAAUAAUCCCACCUGCUUGAACUGAUCAUCAUCAUGACUGGACCUAAAAAUCCUGUCCAUGGCAACAUUUCAUCAUGAAAUGUGAAAUCUGUGUCUUCCAUUUAAGAGCUUGUUACAAAUCCUUGUACCAAAGUAAGUUGCACUAUGGUGGAUCUUAAUAAAGUGAAGCUAUUUAA